CUCAGCGAGAAUCUCUGGAGGAAAGACGGAGCCUGAGGAGAGUCUAUUUAACACAAACCAGCAGUGGAUUUCCAGAGGAUGGGAAGGAAAAAUUGGUGAGAAGAGGAAAAGGAAAGCAGACAGGCAACCAUGACGUGGAGGAGCCCGCUGGCCCUGGUGAGGGAUGCCCUGCGAGGUCAAAGGGCACGGGAGAACGAACUCCGCAGCUUAGAGUCUAAUCUACCUUAUGAAGGAUUAGAGAAGGGAAAGCAACCUAACCGCUACUUCACAUCAAAUGCCAUCAAGACCACAAAAUACAGCCUCCUCUUCUUCAUCCCCAUGAAUCUUUAUGAGCAGUUUCACCGUCUGGCCAACCUCUACUUUGUGGGGCUUGUUAUUCUGAACUUUAUCCCUCAAGUGAAUGCUUUCCAGCCAGAAAUAGCCCUUAUCCCAAUUUGUGUCAUCUUGUCUCUGACCGCUAUGAAGGACGCCUGGGAGGACUUCAGGAGGUACCAGUCUGACAGGAAGCUUAACAACAUGCCGUGCUUCAUCUACAGCAGGAAAGAGAAGCAGUUUGUGGAGAGAUGCUGGAAAGAUGUGCGAGUGGGAGAUUUUGUGAAGGUGGUUUGCAAUGAGAUCAUCCCUGCAGACCUCCUCCUGCUUUACACAUCAGACCCCAACGGUGUGUGUCACAUAGAGACAGCCAACCUGGAUGGAGAGACCAACCUGAAGCAGAGGACACCUGUGUCUGGAGUCUGCAACACGCAUCCAAAAUUUGAGCCUGAAAGCUUCAAAGGGAUCGUGGUGUGUGAAAAGCCCAACAACAACCUGAAUCAUUUCAAGGGUUACGUAGAGAAACCCGAUAAGCAGAAGGUGGGAGCUGGAAUUGAAAGUCUGCUGCUGCGAGGCUGCACAGUGAGAAACACGGACCAUGCUGUUGGCUUUGUGGUAUAUGCAGGCCAUGAAACCAAGUCCAUGCUCAACAACAGCGGGCCAAGAUACAAGCGCAGCAAACUCGAGCGGAGGCUGAACAUAGACGUCUUCUUCUGCGUCAUUCUCCUCUUCACUAUGUGUCUUAUCGGAGCACUAGGUCACUACUUAUGGCUUAAUGCUAUGCCUGUUGUGCCCCCUUACCUGGUACCCCCCACCAGCGGUCAGCUGGACAGCCCUAGUCUUGCUAGUUUCUACAUGUUCUUCACCAUGAUCAUCCUGCUGCAGAUCCUGAUUCCCAUCUCUCUCUACGUAUCCAUCGAGUUGGUCAAGAUUAGCCAGAUUUUCUUCAUCACUAAUGAUAUUGAUCUGUACGACGAGGAGACUGACAGCCGCAUACAGUGUAAGGCUCUGAACAUCACAGAGGACCUGGGACAGAUUGAAUACAUCUUCUCAGACAAAACGGGCACCCUGACUGAGAACAAGAUGGUGUUUCGGAGAUGCUCCAUCAUGGGAACCGAGUACCCACACAAAGAGAACGCCAUCCGCCUGGCUGUCCUGGAUGAGCCCGAGGCAGAAGAGGAGGUCCUCUUCAACCAGCAUCCACAACCUCUACCGACUGGUUGGUCCUUGGAUAGUGAAGAAGCCAACGCUGAAGACACACAUGGCCAUGGCAGCCGACGCAGAAGCAAAGUCACAGGAAAUGCCCAGAGCGAUGUGGCGUUCAGCAGCCCACUGGAAACUGAGGUGGUCCCAGACGGGAAGCUGUUUCAGAAGAUUAGCAGGACAUCAGGCAGCAGCCUCAGCCACAGCCAGAAGACAGAUGCUUACCUGGAUUUUUUUCUGGCCCUCGCCAUUUGCAACACAGUGGUGGUUUCCAUGGCAACAAGUCAGAGAAGGAGGGUGAGUGUGUCUCCACAAGCCAAGCACACAAAUACUCCACUGGAAACUUUGUCCAGACUGAUGAGAAAUGCUGGCAGCAUCUUUAAAUUCUGCAAGCGCAAGCCCAAGAGAAACCGUACCUUCACAGAGGACUCAGAGGAGCAUUUUCAGCCCUCUGGACAAACAGAGGGGGUCCGCACCACCGGGCUCCAGCCGUGUUCGCUUCAUCCUCCAUCCCUGAGCGACGAGCCUGCGCUGACCUCAGAUAAUCUGAGAUAUGAGGCGGAGAGUCCAGAUGAGGCUGCCUUGGUCUAUGCUGCCAAAGCAUAUGGCUUCACUCUGCUGUCUCGCACCCCUGACAGUGUUUCAGUGAAACUACCGUCUGGGGAAGUGCUGGAUUUUGAGGUGCUGGACACCUUGACCUUUGACUCCAAUAGGAAGAGAAUGUCUGUGUUGGUGCGACACCCAAUCACCAAAGAGUAUGUGCUGUACACUAAAGGCGCAGAUUUUGCCAUCAUGGAGUUACUUGGUACACCCUAUGCAGAGCACUUCAGUGGCAAUAAGAAAAAUAUAGCAACUGUUACUCAGCGUCACCUCGACUGCUACGCUAAAGAGGGGCUCCGCACACUGUGCAUCGCAAAGAAGGUUGUGAGUGAAGCAGUGUAUAAACGCUGGUCAGUGGACAGAAAGAAAGCUAUGGCUGCUAUAGAAGACAGAGAGAGGCUCGUUAUGGACACUGCUGUGCAGCUAGAGACAAAUCUCACCCUGCUAGGAGCUACAGGCAUUGAAGACCGUCUGCAGGAGAACGUUCCAGACACCAUCCAGGCACUGCGCGAGGCAGGGAUCAAGGUGUGGGUGCUGACAGGUGACAAGCCAGAGACAGCUGUCAACAUUGGAUAUGCUUGUGGGCUCCUUGAAGACGAAGACCUGGUAAUAAAUAUGGGCUGCAAAGACAAGAUCACGUGUACGAACAUCCUGGACUGCACUCUGGAAGAAGUGAGGAGGUACAACGCUGAUCCUCGUAAUGUGGAUACCACCCUAAACAUGUCUCUGGUCAUUGACGGUCUUACCCUGGACAAGGCUUUGUCGCCAGACCUGCUGGAUCGCUUUGUGGCCCUGGUGAAGCACUGCCGCUCCGUGCUCUGCUGCAGAGUCACGCCGUUACAGAAGAGCCGAGUGGUGAAAGUGAUCCGGGAGAAACUCAAGGUCAUGACACUCGCCGUUGGUGAUGGUGCAAAUGACGUCAAUAUGAUCCAAGCAGCUGACAUUGGCAUUGGGAUAUCUGGACAGGAGGGGAUGCAGGCUGUCAUGGCCAGUGAUUUUGCCAUAUCUCGCUUCAAACACCUGAAAAAACUUCUCUUGGUCCACGGACACUGGUGCUACACUCGACUGGCCAACAUGAUCAUUUAUUUCUUCUAUAAGAAUGUGGCCUACGUAAACCUGCUGUUCUGGUAUCAGUUCUUCUGUGGAUUCUCUGCCACUGCCAUGAUCGACUACUGGCUGAUGAUUUUCUUCAACCUUUUCUUCACCUCUCUGCCACCCAUAAUGUUUGGAAUCAUGGACAAAGAUAUCUCAGCGGAGAUGCUGCUGGGUGUGCCCGAGCUGUACAAGACUGGACAGGGUGAAGGGGAUUACAGGUUUACAACUUUCUGGGUUUCCAUCCUCGAUGCCUUCUAUCAGAGUCUGGUCUGCUUCUUUGUUCCAUAUCUUGUCUACCAGGAUUCAGACAUUGAUAUGUUCACUUUUGGAACACCUUUGAACACAUCUGCUUUAUUUAUCAUCCUGUUGCAUCUGUCAAUAGAGAUUAAAUCCUGGACGGUGGUUCACUGGAUAAUCAUGCUGGGCAGUGUGGCAUUGUACUUCAUCGUGACACUCGCCUACAGCGCCGUCUGUGUAACUUGCAACCCUCCCUCCAACCCAUACUGGAUCCUCCAGAGCCAGAUGGAGGACCCCAUGUUCUACCUUAUCUGCAUCCUCUCCACUGUGGUGGCUCUCCUGCCCAGGUACACUUUUCACGUGCUGCGGAACUCUAUCGCCCUCUCCCCGUUCAUACAAGCUAAGCAUCUGGACCGUAAGGACCCCUCCAUCAGAGAAGAGUGGAUGAAGGAGUUGAGGAGCUACAGGGGCGGCGGGCAGGUCAAACGCUCUAGGCUCUCUACCCCCCCCUCUCCCACCCUGGAGACCCCUGUGGACUUCAUUCCCGAGUCUCUUGCGGUUGCUGAUAUCAUGGGGGAUGAUUUCACACUGAAUGUCAUAAGUAAAAACUAUCAAAAGUCUGCAGGCUCACAGGGAACAUGAAGGGAAAAGGAAUUCUAAGAUGAUUAUUUAUUCAGAAGAUUGUAUAUACAGUGCAUAAGUCUCCUGUAUACAUUAAUGUUUCAUUUUUGAAAUGCAAUCAGGGAGAUACUGCUGCUCUCUAACUGGAGUUUAUUUUGCAAUAAACUACGUGACAAAAGCA